GCGGAAUUGUGGUGGCACCGGCUUCUGUGGAUCGGUGCUUGGCCAUCAGAUGCAAGAAGUGGGUUCAGUCCACAAAAGCCCAUGCCCGCAUCUCUCUGGAAAGCCUGCCAGACAAGACUCAUUUAUCACGCAAAGGAUCGUCAGUAGUCAUCCUUUGCUUUUCGCUGGUAACCUCUCCUCUCUCUCUACUGCAAACAAACAGUAAAUGCUGACAGCGAUUAAAAGGUUAAUAUUUUGCUAGGGAAUCGGAAGGAGAGAACAUGAAACUACUUGUUGGGCCCUCUAGUUUUUUCAGGGAAGCAAAUGGAAGGGUGUGUGCUUGUGCAUAUUUAAGCCUUGCUUUUGAAGGACUUGUGUUGAAUGGUUAUGGUUUCCUCUCAUAUUACCCCAAAGAAAAGGGAGGGGGUGGAAAGCUAAUAAAGAACACUCACCACCUCUUUUCUUCUCCUUUCCCCCACCCUUUCUCCAAAUACUUUGCCCAAAAUGACUGUAUAUUUGCUCCUGAGGGCAAAGCCUUGAAGCAGCAAAGCUGGAGAAUGUACGAAUGUUUAACAUCAUUCACUUGUUGUCUUCAGCUGGAAAGAAAGAGGCUAAUCCCUUCUGGUGCUUUGUUGACAGAGACCAGCCUACUGGCAGCAAGUAAGGAGUGGAGAAGUCUCCCCACCCCCAGCCUUUCUUCCAGUCUCUGCCGGCAGCUUAUAGCCUGUCGGUUUUAGAGGAUGCCUGUGACAGAUCAGGCCUUUGUGACCCUUGCUACUAAUGAUGUUUACUGCCAUGGAGCUCUGGUUCUUGGACAGUCCUUGCGGGACCACAGAACAUCUAGAAGGUUGGCCGUAAUAAUUACACCUCAGGUCUCCAGUACAAUGAGGGCUGCCCUCAGCACCAUAUUUGACACAGUGGUUGAUGUGCAUGAAAUUGACAGCAAUGACUUGGUGCACUUGGCUCUGCUGAAGAGGCUGGAACUGGGUGUGACCUUUACCAAACUCCACUGCUGGACUCUUACUCAAUAUAGCAAAUGUGUCUUCAUGGAUGCAGACACAUUGGUACUAUGCAAUAUCGAUGAGCUGUUUGACCGGGAGGAAUUUUCAGCAGCUCCAGAUCCUGGCUGGCCAGACUGCUUUAACAGUGGUGUCUUUGUUUUCCAACCUUCUUUGAAAACCUUCAACCUCCUGCUGCAGUUUGCAAAUGAACAUGGUAGCUUUGAUGGAGGUGAUCAGGGACUGUUGAAUAGUUUCUUCAACAGCUGGGCAACAAAAGACAUUAACAAACACUUGCCAUUUAUCUAUAAUUUAAGCAGCAGUGCCGUCUACACCUAUGCCCCUGCUUUCCAACAUUUUGGCAAAGAUGCAAGGGUUGUCCAUUUCUUGGGACCAGCAAAGCCCUGGAACUACAAAUACAAUCCUCAGACAAGAUCAGUUGUAGAGGAUGGUUCAGCCUCAGUAUCUCAGAGUCAGCUCUCAUUCCUUGAACUCUGGUGGAUGACAUACAGUUCCAGUGUACUACCAUUACUGGAAAAAUGGCAGAAGUCUUUUGAGUCACAGAUCCAGAGAGAGGAGCCUAAUUUCAGUGGACCUGAAAGUAAAUUUGAACAAGGAGCUCCUGAUAUUAGCAAUUCCUUGCCAAGCUCAGCAAAAGCAGAACAAAUAUCACAAACUGCCAUAAAUCCACUUGAUCACACAUCUGAUAAAAAUAAAGCAGUGCUCUGUUUUGAAGAUAAGGUUGCAGAUCCUGCUGAAUCAUAUAGAAAUCUUCAAUCCAUUCCUCAGCAGACUGUGAAAAUGGAUGAGGCAGCCAUCGCUGUUUCAGAGUUAUCUGUACAUGCAGAACCGGAGCAACUAAGUUCCGAAGAUGAACGGAGGAAAUGGGAAGAAGGCCACAUUGACUAUCUGGGGAAGGAUGCCUUUGAAAACAUUAAAAGGAAAUUAGAUGCCUUUCUAUUAUAGAUAUUCUUUGUGUGCUCUUAUGACGACUGAUCACUGUUUACAUUUGCAAUGGAUGGGAAAUUUCCUGUGCUGGACAAUGCAAGCGAAUGCUAAAAGCUGUGAAUGCUAAAUGCAUCUGUACAUGUAUUGUGGCAGUACUGGGUCCCAAAGGAUGAUGCAUAAUAGGCUUCUGAAGCUGCCUUAUUCUGAGUCAACCCAUUGGUUCAUCACAUCCAGUACUGAUUAUUCUGCUUGGCCGCAACUUCCCAGCCUUGCUAACUGAAAACUUUUAACUGGAAAUACCACUUUGUCUUCCUUUGUUUUAGUGGAAAUUGUUCUGUAUUGGGCCAGUGCUGUGUUCUUUUGGAUUAAUUUACUCCUUUUGGACAAUUUCUAUAGAUGAAGAUGAUAAACACUUUAGCAUCUCUCUCUUUGUUGUGUAUUCAUCCAAAAGGGGUGCUAAAUUCUUUGCUAAAUACAUAUUCUGUUUUUAAUAUUGACCUGCAGUGCCUCAUGGAGCAUUCUCAUUUCCUCCUGAAAUUCCUAGUUUUAUAUUAUAGACCAAACCAAGCAAACAAACAAAAUCUACAUACUAGAUUCUUCAGCAAGGAGAAUAUAAAUCUUGUGAAUGAAAGGUCCAAAGACUUUUAAGGCAGGGUUAAUAAGCAUAGCUAAGACACAAUCUAGUAUACAUCAACAUCAUGUAUGCAGCAUCCUUUAGGGUCAACAAAACCCUGUUUUCCUCUGUCUAAUAUGUGUGCUUAGGCAGUACAAAAGAUUGUUGGGAAGCCUGGAUGAGUUUACAGACCUCCCUUUCUGUUCAGUGUGAAUGAGCCAUCUCCUAAUGGGAAGCUCCUGUUCAACCUAGUGGCUUAUUAUGAUGUAUGUGUGUGCAUAUGACUGGGAAAGAGGGACAAGGCUUUGCUAAGCUUAAAGAAAUAUUUGUGCACACAAGCUUUUCCUCGAUAUAAUGGACAUAGUUUCCUGUUUUCAAGAAUUACUGUGUAUUUUUGGUGGUUGGAGAGAGUUGAUUGUUUCAUUUCUCACAGGAUGGUUCUAGAGUUACAAAAAUUCUCAUUAAUCUUGCCCUUGAAGAACUAUCUAAAAAUAAAUACAUUCUUUUUUUAAAUUCAGGACUGAAUUUAAAUUUAAUUUGACUCUAAUUUAAUUUGUAACUUAACAAAUUAAAAGACCUUGUUGGUAAUUAGAAUGAACUUUCAUUACAAUGGUGCUAAAUAAUUUGCAAUGUUUCCUAAGCUACUGUGAAGCUUUAUGUGUUUGAACAGCUAGAGGAAGGCAAGCAUCUGAUCAGUUUUGUUUGUUCCAAUCCACACUGUGUACAAGUUUCAAUACAUUUGGGAUAGCUGGGAAAGAACUUAACUGAUAUUAACUUUUAGUAAGCUAGGUGUUUAAUAUUUAUGCUUUAUAUCUAAAUAACUGAAAGUAGUAUAGAUGAUACAUCCCUAGGGUCUUUUUGCUGCAUUAGGCGAUCCUUUUCAGUCUGACAUUUAUAAAAAUGUAGUAAUAGCUUAGAGAGGAAUGGGCAUAACAGCAAAACCUGAAAGACUCUUUUGGCACCUUAAUCAGUUUUAUUAUGGCAUAAGAUUUCAUGGACUAAAGUCCACUUCAUCAAAUGCAAGAGGGGAGAAUAUUCAAAUAUAGACAAAUUGUUACUUUUAAGGUGCCACAAGACCCUUUUGCUGUAAAAAUGUGCUAACAUUUGAUUCAUUAGACUCCAUUUUUCUUAUUGUCCAUUGGCUUUUUCCUCCAGUAGGGAAAAAUGAUUUUUUUUCUUUUUACUGGCUCAAGCUCCAAUUCUGUAUCUAUUCAUCUGCCUACAUGUCCCUUCCUUAAAUUUAUCUUAGUAUAUUUACAUAAUUUACCUAGGAUAAUUAUUUAGAAAAUUUACAUAUGAAAUGAACUACUAAAGACAUUCAUCCAUAUACCCUAUAAUUAGCAAUAUGGAACAAUUACCAAAACCCCUCUUUUGUCCAUCACAUAAUUAGGGAGGCAUUAAAGUAAUUUCUGCUAAUUCUUACAUCCUCUCUGUGCAUUUUAGGUGAAGAUUAUAUCCAUGUUUUAGGCUGCAAUCCUAUACACAGUUACCUUGCAGUUAAAGGGUCACAUUGAACAUAAUGGGUAUGUUCAAUGUGAUUAACUUCAAUAGGUAUGAAGUCUGUGCUGUUACAACUGGAAAGGUUGUAUCCCAGACUAACAGCAAGUCCCCUUAACAGUAAGUAGGAGCUCCUUUAAUAGCUGCUGACCCUGUUUUACAGCCUGUGGGAAGGAGGCAUUCUUCUUACCCAAACUUGCAUUUUUCCAUCUGUGCUCAUUAUAUGUCAUUCUGCAUGGAUAUUUUCUCCAUGGGUUUGUAAAUACAUAAUAAAAGAUACAAAUCCUUCUUUUGUUCUCUAUUUUUCAUUUUUG